CCGAUCCCCCACCAUGUCCCACAACUUAGACCGGGCCAUCGAGAUCGUGCAGCGCGCGAUCGAGGAGGACAAGGCGAACAACUACGAUGAGGCAUACAAGCUGUACUCGAACGCGCUCGACUACUUCAUGCUCGCACUCAAGUAUGAGAAGAACGAGAAGUCGAAGACGUUGAUCAAGGGCAAGUUCACGGAGUACCUCAACCGCGCGGAGACCCUGAAGGAGUACCUCUCGAACAAGGACGACAAGCGUGCGAAGAAGGCAGUCGGCGCGAAUGGGCUCGCGAACGGCGGGCCUGGCGGCGGGGGCAAGAAGAAGGACGAUGACGACGAGACGGACCCCGAAGUGAAGAAACUGCGGGCAGGCCUGCUGGGGGCGAUCGUGUCGGAGAAGCCGAACGUGAAGUGGGAGGAUGUUGCGGGGCUGGAGUCGGCGAAGGAGGCGUUGAAGGAGGCGGUGAUCCUGCCGAUCAAGUUCCCUCAUCUGUUCACUGGGAAACGCACGCCAUGGCGGGGUAUCCUGCUGUACGGCCCGCCCGGGACGGGUAAGUCGUACCUGGCGAAGGCGGUCGCGACGGAGGCGAAGGGAACGUUCUUCAGUGUCAGCUCGAGUGACCUGGUGAGCAAGUGGCAGGGAGAGUCCGAGAGAUUGGUGCGGAAUCUGUUCGAGAUGGCACGCGAAAACAAGCCCGCAAUUAUCUUCAUUGACGAGGUCGACUCGCUCGCGGGUACGAGAAACGAGGGCGAGUCGGAGGGUUCACGGCGAAUCAAGACGGAGUUCCUGGUACAGAUGAACGGCGUGGGACACGAUGACACGGGCGUUCUCGUGCUCGGCGCGACGAACAUCCCAUGGCAAUUGGAUAACGCGAUCAAGCGAAGGUUCGAGAAGAGGAUAUACAUUCCCCUCCCGGGCCCGGAAGCGCGCAGACGAAUGUUCGAGCUGCAUGUCGGUGACACACCCUGCGAACUCUCGAACAAGGACUACCGACUCCUGGCGGAUAAGACUGACGGGUACUCCGGGUCGGACAUUGCGAUCGUGGUCCGUGAUGCGCUCAUGCAGCCGGUCCGCAAGGUUCUUUCUGCAACACACUUCAAGUAUAUGGACGACCUGAAGAAGUGGACGCCAUGCUCACCGGGGGACCCGGACGCCGAUGAGAAGGCAUGGACCGACAUUGAGAGCGAUGAGCUCCUGGAACCGCCGUUGCGCCUUGCCGACUUCUUGAAGUCGCUGGACAGCGUCAGGCCGACGGUCACCGCGGAGGAUAUCAGGAAGCACGACCAGUGGACACUAGAGUCCGGGAACGAGGGUGCAUGAGCUUAUGUUGUAUUAUUUCUGUUGUACUAUUGCGCUAUCCAUCUCGGGUUAAGGAACCGG